AUGCAUUCCCCAGACCUAGCGACGGCCAAGGACCCGCUCACCGUGGCGGGCACGGGCAAGAACUCUGAAGAGGCGGGGACGGUCGUGCCACGGAGCGCUUCCGUGGAGGACCUGGGCGUCGACGAGAAGAAGCUGGUGCGCAAGCUCGACCUGUACCUGAUCUGGCUGGUCAUGAGCCUCUACGCGUUCAGCUUUCUGGACCGCGUUAACAUCGGCAACGCGCGCCUAUACCACCUCGAGGCGGACCUCGGCCUCGUCGGUAACCAGUACCAGACGGCCGUGUCGAUCCUCUUCGUGCCGUACCUCGCCUUCGAGGUGCCGUCCAACCUGGUGCUCAAGAAGUUCACGCCGCGGUACUGGAUCGCCUUCAUCACCACCGCCUGGGGCAUCAUCGCCACGCUGUCCGGGCUGGUCCAGAGCUACGGCGGGCUGAUCGCGUGCCGCAUCCUCCUAGGCGCCGUGGAGGCCGGCCUGUUCCCCGGGCUGGCCGUCUACCUCACGCUCUUCUACACGAGGCACGAGCUCGCCCUGCGCGUGGGCUACCUGUUCGUGUCGGCCGCCAUCGCCGGCGCCCUGGGUGGCCUGCUCGCCUACGGCAUCGGGCACAUGGAAGGCGUGGCCGGCCUGCACGGUUGGCGAUGGAUCAUGAUCAUUGAGGGCUUGCCGACCCUCUGCCUCGGGAUCGCGACCUUCUUCUUGUUGCCGAAUGAUGCGCAGUCCGCAUACUUCCUCAACGAGGCGGAGAAGAAAGCCAUGAUUGUGCGGCAUGCGAGGGAGUACGGGAUGACGGCGAGUGCGCAGGAGUUCUCGACUGGGGAUAUGAUGAGGGCUUUUAAGGACUGGAAGGUCUGGACGUUCUGCAUUGCGCAGUUUGGAGCUGACACCAUGCUCUAUGGCUACUCGACGUUCCUGCCGACAAUCAUCAACGGCCUUGGGAAGUGGACUCCGGCACAGGUGCAGCUGUUGACUAUCCCGUGCUACUUCUUGGGCGCAACGACCUACAUGGUUGUUGCUUAUUUCUCUGACCGCGUCCAGAGGCGAGGUUUGUUCUGUGUAAUGUUCGGUCUCAUCAGCGUUAUUGGGUACGCUCUCUUGAUAUCAGCGACGCCCUCUGGAGUGCACUAUUUCGGGUGUUUCCUCGUUGCGAUGGGGCUGUAUGUCCUCGUUGGAAUCCCGUUGGCUUGGCUUCCGAACAAUUGUCCACGGUAUGGAAAACGAACCACGGCAACUGGUAUGCAGUUGACCAUAGGGAAUGCUUCGGGAAUCAUGGCCCCCUUUAUUUACGCCACAGCCGAGGGUCCACGAUAUAUCAAGGGUCAUGCAGUUACACUGUCGCUUGUCGGGAUGGCCACUGUGAUAUAUGGACUCAUGUCUCUGUGGUUUAGGAGCCAGAAUAAGAAGCGUGACGCGGGAGAAGUGCACGCGGAUCAUCAGCAUUUGUCAGACGAUGAGUUGGCUGAAUUGGGUGACGAGAGCCAUCACUUCCGUUACGUCAGAUAG